AUGGACUAUAACUUCCCCGACAGCAGCGGCAGUUACGGAGGGGAAGGGAUCAGCGGCAGCGGUGGAUUUUACAGCGGCGACAAUAGCGUUGAUAUAAAUACUAGCAAUACUUCCUCGAAGAAGCGGAGAAGGAAGGACGCUGGCGGCGGUGAAGACGAGAGUAGUAGUGGUAAAGGCGAGGGGGAGUUGAAGAAGGAGAAUGCGGUGAAGGAUAUCCUCAGCUCGCUUAUGCUAUUGGACGAGGGGGAGAAGCAAGAGCAGAAUCAGUGGCUUGUGGAGUCGCAGCACGAUCAGAAGGUGCGAGUCAUGAAUGAUUUCGGUUCCGGUAUGCAAACCCAUUUCUCCAAUUUGGACGAAUCCAGGACCAAACGCUCCCGCGGCUCUGCUUCAGCGGUGGCUACGGCGGCGGCGGGUUUGGGGGAUUCGGUUCAGACUGGGAAUCGGGGAGGUGGGUCGACGAGCACGGCGCCGCCGCAGCAGCAGCGGCGAUUGUGGGUGAAGGACAGGUCAAAGGACUGGUGGGAUCGGUGUAACCAUCCCGAUUUCCCCGAGGAAGAGUUCAAGAGGGCGUUCCGCAUGAGCAAGGCGACGUUCAGCAUGAUCUGCGAGGAACUUGAUUCCGCGGUGAUGAAGAAGAACACAAUGCUGCGGGAUGCGAUCCCUGUCCGCCAGCGGGUUGCGGUGUGCAUCUGGAGGCUGGCCACAGGGGAGCCACUCCGAAUCGUGUCGAAGAAGUUCGGAUUGGGGAUCUCCACUUGCCACAAGCUGGUUCUCGAGGUGUGUUCAGCAAUCAGCAAGGUGCUGAUGCCCAAGUUUAUCCACUGGCCGGACGAGGAGAAGAUGAGAGGGAUUAAAGGCGAGUACGAAUCGAUCUCGGGGAUACCGAAUGUUGGUGGGUCGAUGUACACAACCCACAUCCCAAUCAUCGCUCCCAAGACCAGUGUAGGCUCUUACUUCAACAAGAGGCACACAGAGAGGAACCAGAAGACAUCGUACUCGAUCACGGUUCAAGGCGUGGUGAAUCCGAGAGGUGUGUUCACAGAUGUGUGCAUUGGCUUGCCUGGCUCAAUGUCAGAUGAUCAGGUGCUUGAGAAGUCUGCACUUUACCAGAGAGCAAGCAUGGGCUUACUGAAAGAUGUCUCGAUCGUGGGGACUUGCGGGCACCCUUUGAUGGACUGGCUUCUGGUGCCCUACACUCACCAGAACCUGACAUGGCCGCAGAACGCUUUCAACGAGAAGAUUGGGGAGAUUCGAGGCGUCGCCAAAGAUGCAUUCGCCAGGCUGAAAGGGAGGUGGACUUGCUUGCAGAAGAGGACGGAGGUGAAGCUACAAGACUUGCCUGCUGUUCUUGGGGCUUGCUGUGUGCUUCACAACAUCUGCGAGAUGAGGAACGAGGUGAUGGAGCCUGAACUCGAGUUCGAUCUUUUCGACGACGAGAUGAUACCAGACAACAACAGCCUGAGAUCAGCCGGUGCGGCACAGGCUAGGGAUCACAUUGCUCACAACCUCUUGCAUCAUGGCCUUGCCGGAACUUCUUUCCUGUAG